AUGCGUUGGGCACGGCUCGCGCCUCCCUUGCUUCUGCUCUGCCUCGGCACCCUGACAAGAGCAUUCGACCUGCCCGACAUUCCUCAAUGCGCUGUUCGUUGCCAAUUAGAAGCCAUUCCCCAGACAGCAUGCGCUCCCAAUAAUCAGACAUGCCUCUGCAAAGACACGUCAUACAUCAAUCUGGUAGAGCCAUGUGUCAAAGCAAAUUGCAAAGUCAAAGAGGCCCUGGGUCAGUACAUGAAACCCCCUCUCAAGGAGCCCCUGCUGAUUGUUCACCCAGUCACGCAAAAUAUCACAACAACAGAAUGCGGCUUUCCAACGACGAACGAUUUUGCCGUCAUCAAAAUCAUCCGCAUAGUUUUGUUUCUUGUGCUGCCUACUCUCGCUAUCAUACUCCGUUUGAUCGUGAAGAUCGCCCGAAUAUCAACGUGGGGAGCUGACGAUACAACCAUCGUGUUGGCAUACAUCUUUUUGAUAACUAUAAUCCCGCUCAACCACCUAAAUGAGAUGAACGGAGCUGGGCGAGAUAUCUGGACUCUCUCCUUCGACCAGAUUGACCACUAUUUCAUGACCUUUUUUAUCGCGCAGUUACUGUACACAACCAACCUGAUGCUGAUCAAAUGUUCCAUUUUAUUCAUAUUUCUCCGGAUAUUUCCGGGCGAGAAGAUUCGUGUGGUUCUAUGGGCAACCCAAGCUUUCAGUCUUGCGCUCGGAGUCGCAUACAUACUACUCGGAGUGUUCCAGUGCCAGCCCAUCGACCUGGUAUGGAAACAGUGGUCCAGGGAGUAUCCAGGGCACUGUGUACCGCUGAUAACAAUAGGACUAUCCCACGGAGCGAUUAACAUCGCACUGGAUGUCUGGAUGCUCCUAUUACCGGUAACUCAGGUGAUGGCCCUGAAUAUGAAACGCCAGAAGAAGUGGGCGGUAUUAUUCAUGUUUAGUCUCGGUCUAUUCCUCACAAUUGCCAGCAUUAUACGAUUGAGAGCAAUUAUGAUGUAUACGGUUACUUCAACGAAUCCCACUGUUGAUUCAACGCCCAGCGCUGUGUGGUCAGACGUGGAGCUCGACGUGGGAAUUUUCACAGCUUGCAUCCCGAACAUGCGGCAAUUCGUCUGCCGCUUCGUUUUGAGGGAGUCGAGGCGGGCAGAAAAGUUGAGCUCGACACAUGCACAAAAUCGAAGUUUGGAAGAAAAGCCACCGCCACCGCUGCCGACGGCGAGGGCGUUUGAGGAGGAGCUGAGAUGCUAA